UCUAUUGUCAGGAACUUGGGAAUGCUUUCAUCCUUCCUCUUAUCAUCAUACAAAUAAUCGUUAAAUAACGCCACUAUUUGAGCGUUGUACGACUUUCACAUCUACUAAUUGACCGAAAAUCUCGAACGGGAAUGCGAAGCCCGGUGAUAAGUCUGACGAGCUCAUUCGGCCGACGCUACAAGCCCGCAGCAUCUAGAUGCCAAAGAAAAUGGGCUGGAUGCUGUGGGAUACCAGUGCCAAACCUGAGUGAAGAAGUCUGGAAUAACAGAUACAGACCAUCGCAGUAUGAAAGGAAAGUACCACGGAAAAGUUCUUCGUUGGCAGCUGGUUGCUGUCACCGGCUGGCGGAGAUCCUUCUGCGGUGCCUCAUGCUGGGCAUCAUGUUAGCUGUCUAUCAACACAGGACAUACUCAGGAAACGGUCUUUUGCUCCUUCAUAUGAAGAUGAAUGGUUGAUUAUUUGUAGCGGAUGCUGUUGAGGAUCUGAUGCUCGAAUCAAUACUCAUCAUGCUCAGCCCUGAAAACCCAACUAUAUAAUAAGACCAACUGACUUGGGCCUGUCAUAAUGCUCAAUCAAUCAACAUCAACGCC